UAUUAUUAUUUGUAGUUAAAUAUAUUGCAGCGAGGCAUUUUCGUGGUGUUGGGUUUUGCAGACGAGACGAGAGCCGAACCCUUGCCCUUUCGCUCCCCCAAAAGUUUUAGAUUGACGCAAAGUUCCGACAGUAGACGACGUCCAACCUAAGCGUUUCUUGUCUUGUCGCAGCACCUCCUCCGUUCCAUCCAUCCACUCCCACCACAUUACCUCAUCCCCCUUCCACCACAACUGCUUCCGUGAGAGCUAUCUCGUCGCGAUGCAGGCCUUCCGACGACCUUUGAGCUCCGCGCUCCGCACCGCCGUUUCGAGGCAGAGCUAUGCGACCAGCUCUUCGCCCUACAGCGAGACUGUCAAGAACCUCCGCAUCAACGCAGACACCAAGGUGCUGUUCCAGGGCUUCACUGGAAAGCAGGGAACCUUCCACGCCCAACAGGCCAUUGACUACGGCACAAAUGUCGUCGGUGGUACCAACCCAAAGAAGGCCGGCCAGGAGCAUCUCGGCAAGCCCGUUUUUGCGACCGUAGAGGAGGGUGUCAAGCAGACUGGAGCCACCGCAUCCGCCAUCUUCGUUCCUCCCCCGCUUGCUGCGAAGAGUAUUGAGGAGGCUUUGACCUCCGAGAUUCCUCUCAUCGUCUGCAUCACCGAGGGAAUUCCCCAACAUGACAUGGUCCGCAUCACAGAUAUGCUCAAGUCCCAGAACAAGAGCCGUCUCGUAGGCCCCAACUGCCCUGGUAUAAUCGCUCCUGGACAAUGCAAGAUUGGUAUUAUGCCCGGAUUCAUCCACAAGCGUGGCCGCGUUGGUAUCGUCUCUCGUUCUGGAACCCUCACCUACGAGGCCGUCAACCAGACCACUCAGGCAGGUCUCGGCCAAUCUCUCGUCGUCGGUAUCGGUGGUGACCCCUUCUCCGGCACCAACUUCAUCGACUGCCUCAAGGUCUUCUUGGAGGAUGAGGAGACCGACGGUAUCAUCAUGAUCGGUGAGAUCGGUGGUUCGGCAGAGGAGGACGCCGCCGACUUCUUGAAGGCCAACAACGCCGCCAACAAGCCCGUCGUCAGCUUCAUCGCCGGUAUCUCCGCUCCCCCAGGCAGGAGAAUGGGCCACGCCGGUGCCAUCGUCAGCGGAGGAAAGGGUGACGCCAACUCCAAGAUCAACGCCCUCGAGGCCGCCGGCGUCGUCGUCGAGCGCAGCCCUGCAUCCCUCGGCAAGACCCUCUACGAUGAGUUCGUCAAGCGCGACUUGAUAUAGACAACUACCCUCGCCAGUAGUGGGUGCGAGCAGGAACAUCAUCUAUUUCCCCUUUUGGUCUUGAGAAAUGUGGUUAGAGCGAGUCUAAGGAUAUAUACAUUUUCCCUCCCACACACAACACACACACACAAAGUUUGUUGACUCUGCUGCUGCCCUUCCGGUCGCGAUAAUCUCUGUAUCAUGCAUUUUCCUAUCGCUAAAUGACCUCGAAUGUCUCCGAGAAGAAGAAUAUGUAAAUUUACACUCAAAUGUAGAGCCCAACCUCCAUAACCGUGUCCUGCAUUUCGC